AUGAGGAAUCGAAGCUCCAUCCACACCGCCCUAUGGUUCUUGGUACUUGCUUCCUGCAGGGCUGCACCUGGAACCUCAGUGUCCCCAGUCCCGGAGGCGUCGGAGGCCCCGGAGGCAUUGGAGGCCCCUGGGUCCAGGAUUACCCAGUGCUCCCGUGGCUCUCAGCCUUGGCACGUCUCUCUCUUCAAAGACCUCUCCUUCCGUUGUGCUGGGGUCUUGGUGGACCGCCAAUGGGUAUUAACCGCAGCCCAUUGCGCCGAAAGUUGGCUUUGGGCCAAACUUGGUGACUACCAUCUGAUACUACCUGAUGGAGGUGAACAACUCAAAAUCAGCUCCGUUAUGAUCCCCCACCCCAAGUACAAGGCCGGUUCUGGCCCUUCCCUGCCUGGCCGAACUGAUGAGCAUGACCUCCUUCUGAUGAAGCUUCGACGUCCAGCCAUCCUGGGACCCCGGGUCCAGGUCUUACCUCUGGCUAGGACCUGUGCUGCACCAGGGACUCGAUGCCAGGCUGCAGGCUGGGGGACUACCAGCCAACCCCGAGUGAAAUACAGUAAGAGCUUGUCCUGCUCGGAGGUCACUCUCCUGUCUCCCAAAGAGUGUGAAGCUUCCUACCCUGGGGUGCUUACGAACAAUAUGAUAUGCGCUGGCUUGGACAAUGGCCAGGAUGCCUGUCAGAGUGAUUCUGGAGGCCCCCUGGUCUGUAAUGGGAGCCUCCAGGGCAUCCUAUCCUGGGGUGAUUACCCCUGUGGUUCAGCCCAUCGGCCAGCAGUCUAUACUUGGAUCUGUAAAUACAGCUCCUGGAUUGAGAGGACCAUUCGGAGCCACUGAUACCACUGAACCCCCUACAAUCUUCCCAAUAAUCCUGUGACCCUCAUGUCUUCUGUUCUUCCCACCCAGACCCUGAGUAUUUGGCCCUA